UUUCAAUUUGGGAUUGGAAUCAGGGUUUUUCCUUUUGGGUUUGGAAUUUGGUUUUUCGUUUAUGAUUGGGAUUUAGAUUGGAAUUAGGGUAUUUCUUUUGGGAUUGGGAUUGGAAUUGGGGUUUUUCAUUUGGGAUUAGGAUUGGCAAACUUCUCCCCCAUCACAUAAUCUCAGCCAUCUUAUAUACAAGUUGCUGGUUACAUAGGCGAUUCAUAUUGGUGACCUUUGACACUGAGUCAACUUGGCUGAGUCGUGACAACCAGGCCAUGUCUUGGCUGGAUGCCAUGAUCCUUUUUUCCAUGUGCUCUGGUGGUUUUAUUAGUUAUACUGCCAGUAUCAGCUGACAUUUGCAUUUAUUGCACUUCAUGUACUAUGUUAUCUGCUUUGAUAUUCUCUUGUUUGAGAAGCACCAUCUCCCUUGGAUGCAGAAAAUAUCCGAAGAAAAGAUAACCGACAGUAUGAAUGAUGACAUAAAAAAUUCAGUUCAUGCAGGCAUUUCUGCUCAGAAUUAUGAAGUUGACAUAUUGCCAAGAUAUAAGGAAGCUUUAUCCCUGGGCUUGAGUUCGUACAAGCAUCCCUUGCAGAAAACAAAGAUAACUGCAUCAACAGAUCAGUAUGUGGACAUUUUCACCAAGGCAUCAUCAUCUCACCACUUCAAGCACAUUAUCGGCAAGCCUGGCAUAUAUGAUAUCCAUGCAUCAGCUUGAGAGGGAGUGUUAGAGUACAUGGUGCUUUCUUAUAUGUGCAGAGCUCCAUCCCGGCAUAUUCUAGCAUACAUUGCUCUAUGGUACUUCGAAAUACCCU